UUCCCCGCCCGGGGCGGUGCCGUGCCGUGCCGAGUCGCGGAGCGUAGCGCGGCGCAGCGGCCGCGGGCACGGCGGAGCCCCGCGGAAGAUGGCGUAUAUCCAGUUGGAACCAAUAAACGAGGGUCUGCUCGCUAGAAUCUCGGAUCUCUUGCUGUGCCGGUGGACUUGUAGAAAUUGUUGUCAGAAGUGUUUCGACUGUAGCUGUUGUCAAACAAAUGAAGAUGAAGUUGAAAUCCUGGGACCUUUUCCUGCUCAGACUCCAGCCUGGCUGAUAAGCAGCCAAAAUGAGGACAAAAAUGGAGACUCUGAUAAUACAAUCAGUGACCUGCCUCCCACUCUUCAGGAUGUUUCCCCUGACAGAAGGCGGUCGUCUUCAGAUACAUCACGGUCCACUUACAGCCUCACCAGGCGGAUUUCAAGUUUAGAGUCAAGGAGGCCAAGUUCUCCAUUAAUUGACAUUAAACCUAUUGAAUUUGGAAUAAUAGGAGCCAAGAAGGAAAUAGUUCAGCCAACUAUCCUGCGGAAAACUUAUAGCCCAGAUGACUAUUUUAGAAAAUUUGAACCAAGACUGUACUCUCUUGACUCAAAUAGUGAUGAUAUGGACUCCUUGACAGAUGAGGAAAUCUUAUCCAAGUACCAGCUGGGCAUGCUGCACUUCAGCACUCAGUACGAUCUGCUGCAUAAUUACCUAAUAGUUCGAGUCAUUGAGGCUAAGGAUCUGCCUCCCCCCAUUUCAUAUGACGGCUCGAGGCAAGAUAUGGCUCACUCCAACCCCUACGUGAAGAUCUGCCUGCUUCCAGAUCAGAAGAACUCCAAGCAGACCGGCGUUAAGCGCAAAACGCAAAACCCAGUGUUUGAAGAGAGGUACACAUUUGAAAUCCCAUUUUUAGAAGCCCAGAGAAGAACUCUGCUUUUAACUGUAGUGGAUUUUGACAAAUUCUCACGCCAUUGUGUCAUUGGCAAAGUGUCAAUGCCCUUGAGCGAUGUAGACCUUGUGAAAGGCGGACACUGGUGGAAAGCCCUUGUUCCUAGUUCUCAGAAUGAAGUUGAGCUGGGGGAGCUGCUGUUGUCACUAAACUACCUGCCCAGUGCAGGAAGACUGAACGUGGACAUCAUUAGAGCAAAACAGCUUCUUCAGACAGACAUGAGUCAAGGUUCAGAUCCCUUUGUGAAAAUUCAGCUUGUUCAUGGAUUGAAGUUAACAAAAACCAAGAAAACCUCCUGCAUGCGGGGGACGAUAGAUCCCUUCUACAACGAGUCCUUCAGCUUCAAGGUUCCCCAAGAAGAACUGGAAAAUGCCAGCUUGGUGUUCACAGUGUACGGGCACAACGUGAAGAGCAGCAAUGACUUCAUCGGGCGGAUCGUCAUCGGUCAGUACUCCACAGGCGCUCCCGAGUCCAACCACUGGCGCCGGAUGCUCAAUGCGCACCGGACGGCUGUGGAACAGUGGCACAGCCUGCGCUCACGGGAGGAGUGUGACCGCGUCUCCCCGGCGUCCCUGGAGGUGACAUGAGGUGUGGCACCUGCGGCGGCCAAACCGAACAGGCGGGCAAGGCGGGGAACAAACUCCAACCUCCAGAUCACCCAACCUCACUCCCACCCCACAGCAGCCCCAUUGGACUGAAGCGGCUGCCAGUACCCGCCUGGCUGCGUUGGCCUUUGUGCAAACCUUCGCAGCGCCAACCAUGUCCCGCUGGGUCCUGUGCCAGCAGCUCCUCGGUGGCACCGGCCGCCUGACUGGCUGGACCCAUUGCUCCCCGCGCCCGGCACCGCUCUGCUGUUCUACUGACGGAGAGCAUUGUCCAGAGCAGCAGGAGGCAGGUGGAGGUGCCACAGGACAUGCCAAGAUGGGGAAGUUUUCUGAGUUGCGUCCACUCUCCUUACGGUCCAAAUCCAUGACUUGUCCUCUUGGAGAUAUACGUACCUGUGUGCUCUCGUUGGUGAACAUCAUAAUUAGGCUAGGAUGUUUUUUUUAAAUGGUAGAAGCUGUGGUGAAGUCGAUUCUGGCUCCAGUUUUGUCCUUGUACUUGUUUCAACAGAAUUAAUCUCCUGUUAGUACAUGGCUGGCACGCACAGCCCUUGCUGUGCGGGGCCAACGUGCUGCCAGCAGUGGGGCCUGCCACUCUCCAUAGCAGUCUGUGUGCGUCCAGUAGAUACCGUGAUGAUAUAGCGAGUAAAUGUCUCCAGUAGCAUUUGUACUUCUCACUCCUUCCCGAUGUUGUGCAAAAGAAACCUGCUGUGGGGACUUCUGCAGUUAAGAAUGCCCCAAAUGCACAAUUUCAGUUCCCUGAUAGACUGCAGUGACUCCUUCUGUGUUGUGUGUGUUUACCGAGGUAGUUUUCCAGGUCAGCACAUGAACGUAGGUGUGGUCAAGCUGUCCCGUUGGUUGCUUCUGUACAUUAUUUUUUUUUUUUCACGGCAUAUUGUCUGGUAUGAUGCAGAUUGUAUAUUUAUUGAAAAUAAAAAUCUAUUUAAUUGUGCCACGCA